AUGGCGUCGAGUCCUCGCCGUCCGAUUUCCGCCAGCCUGCUCCGACUGGACAAUCCAAUUCGGAGCUUGACUCUGGCUUUCCUGGUGUGGAAACCCCUGGUGUUCAUAGCGGUUGUUGCCUGCCCUGGGUCAGGCUAUGAUACUUCCACCGCCUUGAUCCAUCAUGAGAAUGCCCGCUUGACAACCUCGCUUCCAUGGCAGUUGAAAUUUGCUCGUUGGGAUUCCAUUUACUUCCUCCACACUGCAGAAAACGGUUAUGUCUUCGAGCAGGAAUGGGCUUUUGGCUUUCCCAGAGUAUUAGGCCUAUUCGUUUCUGGGAUCCGCCGAUCUGGUGGAACCGGGGGGCCCUAUUACAACUGCAUUGGUGGGCAUUGCCUUGUCCCAUGUCGCGCACUACCUGUCUGUGGUAGCCUUGUAUUGGCUCUCGGUCAAUAUUUUCGGUCAUGCGACAUCUCGUCAGAAGUUAAUUUGUUUCCUGUCGGCCGCCUUGCAUAUUAUCUGUCCCGGGGUGCCUUUCUUUCGGCUCCAUAUGGAGAAUCGACCUUCUCCUUCCUUAACAUAUCUGGCUUUUACCUCUACUCCUGCUCUCUAAUCGCAGAGCAGAAUGGGGGCGCCGCCCUGCGAGAUGUCUAUAUACUUGGAGCUGCGCUCCUCUUCGCCAUUGCUACUACCGUGCGCAGCAAUGGUCUCUUGAGUGGGUUUUUAUUCGCGUACGAUGUCUUGUUCCUCUCAUGGGUGAUACUGACCCAGGGCCCAUCCGUUAAAUCUGUUCGCCGAUUACUCGUGACUGGGAUUGGUGGUGCCACUGUCGCCAUGGGAACACUGAUACCCCAAGUGAUCGCCUAUCGCGCAUACUGCCUGACCGAAACAGACCUUCGGCCUUGGUGUACUUGGACCCUGCCAAGCAUUUAUACCUGGGUUCAAGGAUUCUAUUGGAACGUCGGUUUUCUUCGGUACUGGACUAUUUCCAACGUCCCUCUUUUCUUGGUGGCCGCGCCCGUGCUCACAUUGAUGGUGGUCUCGUCUCUAUGGGCAUUACAGACACCCCCGAGCCUCGGGUUAGAGCCGGGCAAGCAGUCGCCUUCGCCUCUUACCCCGGGCUCCAUGCUCUUCCGCCUUGCCGUGCCUCAAGGUUUACUGGCAGUCCUGGCCAUGACGAGCUAUCAUGUUCAAAUUGUCAACCGAAUCUGCUCGGGGUAUCCAGUAUUUUACUGGUAUCUUGCGUCCAAUGCGAUGGACAGCUUAAAAGAUUACCGCAAAGGUCAUCGUAACUUGACCGUCACGGCGCAGGCCAUGGUAGGCUAUGCAUUGAUUCAGGCGGUUCUUUUCGGCUCUUUCUUACCGCCUGCGUAG